CAACCAUCCAUACUUGUUAUUCGGAAGUAGACGAUUAAUGUACCGAAGUGACUUUUGAUGAAUGUAAAAGGAAGUUAUAUGUACCUUUUGUUUCGAUCGUCCCUCUCCAGUAUUUAUCUUUAUGGUAUAUAUGUUCAACUAUUACAUUUAAUUUACAUCUUCAAAAGAAAGAUAUGACUUAAACCAAGCAACUGUAACAAAUGAAAUUGACUAUUCAACUGUAACAAAUCAAAUUGACUAUUGACUAUUAUAGCAAAAAUGUGAAAAGCAAGCUGUGGAAACUGGAUGGAUUAUAUCAUCUGAAACAAAGUAAAUUACCGGAAAAAACACUGAAGGAAACUAUUUGAUUAACAGCAAUGUCUACCAGUGCCGAAUAUUCGGCAGAUACACCAACAAUGAAUGUACCUGAGGAAGCGAGAUCGUCACCGAUAAUGAUAACAACCGAAAACAUGACGCUUUCACUUGCAGAUAAUGAAAACGAAACAGUUCGACCGAAAAGUGAUGAAAUGAGUCUGGUUUCUAAUCCGUCUGAAAAUGGGCAAAAUAAGUGCCGCUUUAAGCCAACAGAUUUACACUCAACCAAUGAAUCCGAUUAUGUUCACAUGCAACCGAUAGUAGUACGUGUACCAGAGAUUAUUACCCCAUAUGCGACUAUUCCGCUCGAAGGUCCAGAAUAUGACUUUAUAGAUGAAAGAAAACUUGAUCAACCCAGUCACAUCAAUCAUAAUGUUAACAGUUCGGACUCUACACCCAUUCCACCUCCAAGACCAGAGGGAAACUAUUUACCACCUCUGCCGAGAGGACGGCCACCUAGCAGAACAUAUCUUCAAACGUUUCCAAAGACAGAUAGACCACUGAGUCCUCUACGUAUUAUCGAUCAUUCAGAACCUGAAUGGGAACGAAUGCAACUGGAAAGUGGCAAACAAAUACUUAUACAAGGAAUACCUUUUGGUAUGCCAAUUAAAGACGUAGGCAUCAGUUUUGAAACAGAAAUCCUUACGGAGGGUGACAGUUUUGAGGACAUCAAGGUUGAUAGAACUCAUAGGGAAGCCGUUGUAACACUCAAAAGCAGAAGAGUAAGAAACGAGCUGUUAAAGAGAUCUGAAUUCGGAGAAAAGUUUAUGUUGCAAGACAACGAGGUGUCUCUUUCGCCAUAUUAUCAGGCAUCAUCCGAUAUCCUGAAAGUAUAUAUACUAGGAUUGACAGAUGACACAACAACGGAUGAUAUUUCAAAAUAUAUAGAAGACAGAUGCGGAAUGCGGCCUUCGGACGUGAUCAAAGGAACGAGACCUGAAAUCGCACUAGUCUGCUUUGAUAAUCCUCCGGAUUUGACUCAAAUAGAGUCCGCAUUUGCACAGCAGCCACCAGAAGUCAACAAAUGGUCUAUAUUGCUCGUAGAACAAACAAAAAGGGUUAAACUGAGAGGUGUUGCCAUGGAAACUACGCCUGAAGUAUUGAAACAUUAUUUUGAAAAUGAUGUGCUUUCCAAAGAUAGAGCUAUUGAUUCCAUUAUAUACAGAGAUAAUUUCCAGGACUGCAUCGUUACAUUUGUAAAUAUUGAAGAUGCAGAGACUGUUAUAAAGCAGAAAAUUCACACUGUAAAUGACGCACAACUUGACGUUUCUUUGUACUACCAAUGCCUCGAUUGGGACGAAGAAUAUCUUUUAAAGAUACCUGGGCCUAUUAAGUUACAAAGCCCUGUGCAGGUUUCUGAAAACCUCUACACAGUAUAA